AAGUAUAAAAAUUUAUUAUUUGUUUCAAGGAACAUAAUAAAUGUUUGGAUUCUUAUUCAGAGUUUUAAAAUUCAGUCAUAAAACUCAAUUUGCACAGAAGCUUCUGCAAAAAGCAUAUACAACUUGCGACAUGAGUACUUAUAAUAAAAAAGGACUAGCAUUAGGGGAAGUUAUUAAUUCACUUAAUUCUUAUGCAAAUAUAACGUAUGCCGCAUCAUGGGACAAUGUAGGAUUACUUAUUGAACCUACCGAGCCAAAGAAUAUUUCUCAUAUUUUAUUAACCAAUGAUUUGACGGAAAAAGUCAUGCAAGAAGCGAUCGAUAUACAAACUGAUAUGAUCAUCUCCUAUCAUCCACCAAUAUUUAAGGCUUUAAGAACCGUCACUACCAACACAUGGAAGGAGCGCAUCGUGGCCAAAUGUCUAGAAAAUAAAAUUGCCUUGUAUUCUCCGCACACUUCCUUUGACUCGAUUCAAGGUGGAGUCAAUGAUUGGCUGACUUCUGCUUUUGAUAUAAAAGAAAGUUAUCCAAUAGAACCAGGAGAAGAUCCUCGCAUUGGUAUGGGUAGAUACUGUACCUUGAAGAAUAAAAUUACAGUAGAUGAAGCAGUGAAUCUAAUUAAAUAUCACACGAGACUUGAUUACGUUCGUUUAGCACGUGCAGUAAACUCGGAUGGAUAUGUAAGCAAAGUUGGUUUAUGUGCUGGAGCUGGAACUUCCGUACUGCAGGGAUUAUCGGCCGAUCUGUACGUGACCGGCGAAAUGUUGCAUCACGAUAUCCUCGAUGCUGUUCACAAAGGCACCAGCGUCAUUUUGACGAAUCAUUCGGAUUCGGAGCGUGGAUUUUUAAAGCAUGUGUUUGCUAAGAAAUUGAGCGAUGCAUUGAAAAAUGCUGUUGCUAUAAGCGUCUCCGUACAAGACGAGGAUCCACUGAAAACCGUUUGAGGCGUUAAUUUUCAAUGGAUAAACACUAUGGAUAAACAAUGCAGUUCUUUGUUUAUACGUGGAUUAUGACAGAUGAGAAAAGAACUCGGGACCUUGAAAUUGCUAGUGACAUGUUGCAACGUGUGAUUAUUUUUAAUGCCAAGACUAUGUAUAACAGAUGGCAUAUAUUGGUAAGAUUUUUAAUAAUGUUUGUGAUAUAUGCUCAAAGUGAAUAAAUGCAUGGAUUGAAAAAUAAU